AUGUCCAACAGCAGCUCCAUCACCCAGUUUCUCCUCCUGGCGUUCACAGACACACGGGAGCUGCAGCUCUUGCACUUCUGGCUCUUCCUGGGCAUCUACCUGGCUGCUCUCCUGGGCAAUGGCCUCAUCAUCACCACCAUAGCCUGGGACCAGCACCUCCACACCCCCAUGUACUUCUUCCUGCUCAACCUCUCCCUCCUCGACCUGGGCUGCAUCUCCACCACUGUCCCCAAGUCCAUGGCAAAUUCAUUCUGGAACACCAGGGCCAUCUCCUAUGCAGGUUGUGCUGCUCAAGUCACUCUGUUUGUCUUCUUCAUUUCAGCAGAGUAUUUUGUUCUCACCAUCAUGUCCUACGACCGCUACGUUGCCAUCUGCAAACCGCUGCACUACGGGACCCUCCUGGGCAGCAGAGCUUGUGUCCACAUGGCAGCAGCUGCCUGGGCCACUGGGUUUCUCAGUGCUCUGCUGCACACAGCCAAUACCUUUUCAGUGCCCCUGUGCAAGGGCAAUGCCCUGGACCAGUUCUUCUGUGAAAUCCCCCAGAUCCUCAAGCUCUCCUGCCCAAACGUCUACCUCAGGGAAGCUGGGCUUAUUGUUGUUGGUGUCUGUUUGUUCUUUUUGUGUUUUGUGUUCAUCAUGGUGUCCUAUGUGCAGAUCUUCAAGGUGGUGCUGAGGAUCCCCUCUGAGCAGGGACGACACAAAGCCUUUUCCACGUGUCUCCCACACCUGACCGUGGUCACCGUGUUUUUGAUCACUGCUAUUUUUUCCCACUUGAAGCCCUCCUCCAUCUCCUCCCCAUCCCUUGACCUGCUGGUGUCUGUUCUGUACUCAGUGGUGCCCCCGACAUUGAACCCCCUCAUCUACAGCAUGAGGAACCAGGACCUCAAGAAUACCCUAAGGAAACAAAUGUCUGGAUAUUUUUCAAAGGCAAUAAACUUCCUAUCUUCUGCAUAUCACUCAGGGCAUAACUCAUGAUGGGCCUAUCCUCUCUUUAGCGUAUUUUUUUAAUUUGUAUGUUAUUUUUUGCAGUUGGGGAGAGGCUUGUUUGGUUUUGCUUUUUUAAAACGUGAUAAGGUUGCUUACAAAAGAAUUCAUUAUCCAUCUAACUUCUAAUUUACCAUCUACAUUUAUAGUUUGAGUCACAGCCUGAUACUGUAAAUUGGCUAAUAA